AUGGCAGUCUGCAAUGCCGUGCGGCCAGAGGUCCUUGUCCUUCAAUACUCCCAAUUUUUCUCCACCAUGGUGUUCAGCAAGGCAACCUUCGCGUCCGCAUUCGUCUCCCUGUUGGCUUGCGUUGCUGCAGUGGAUGUGCCCAAGACCGACUACGAUGUCAUUGUGGUCGGCGGUGGUCCCGCGGGCCUGAGCGCCCUCAGUGGUGUUUCUCGUGUCCGGAGAACGGCUCUCUUGAUUGAUAGCCAGCAAUAUCGUAAUGAUCCGACUCGGGAGAUGCACGACGUGAUUGGAAACGACGGCACUCCACCCGCUGUUUUCAGGGGUCUCGCGCGUGAGCAGAUUUCCAAGUACCCUACCGCCCACUUUAAAAAUGAGACUGUGGAAUCCAUCGUCCCUUGGGGUAAGGGUGACUUCUCUGCCUUCACUGUGACCGAUAGCAAAGGCAAAAACUACACCGCGCGUAAGAUCGUCCUGGGUACAGGUGUUCGGGAUGUUCUUCCCCCAACCCCCGGUCUGCAGGAAGGAUGGGGCAAGGGUAUCUUCUGGUGCCCUUGGUGCGAUGGUUACGAGCACCGUGACCAGCCAUUCGGUAUGAUUGGUGAUAUCACCGAUAUGCUCUCCAACGUGUUGGAAACUCACACUUUGUACGACGACAUCAUCGCAUUUGUGAAUGGAUCCCAGACAGCAGACGGCGAAGCUCGUGCCACCGCCAAGGUCGAAGAUUGGAAAGAGCAGCUUGCGGCAUGGAACACCACCAUCGACAACCGUACAAUCUCCUCGAUCGAGCGUAUUCAGGAUGGCGGCAAGAACCGUAACUUGACCUCUGAUAAGCAGUUCGACAAGUUCCGCCUCCACUUCACUACUGGCGAGCCUGUUGAGCGUAACGCUUUGAUUGUGAACUUCCCCACCGUUCAAAAAUCCUCCCUUCCCGCCAAAAUGAACCUUCAGGUGGUGAACGACAAGAUCAAUGUCACCAGCGGGAUGCGCACCAACGAAGUCGGUGUCUUCGCCAUUGGUGACGCUAAUAGUGACGGUAGCACCAACGUUCCCCAUGCCAUGUACAGUGGAAAGAAGGCCGGUGUUUAUGUUCACGUUGAAAUGUCGCGUGAGGAGUCUGCAUCCAAGAUCUCGAAGCGUACUGGUCUUUCUCGCCGUGAAUUGGAGAAGGAAGCCGAGCGUGCAAUUGGUAACAAUCUAGACGCUGCCUGGAAGCGUGCUCAGGUCUAG